AUGCUUCAACACUGGCUGAGACAGAGCAACAUCACCUCCAACUAUGGCAAUCACAGCCAGAAAAGUAGGCCGCCGUCAUCACCACCAAAGCUCGAAGGGGUAAAGGGCCACGUGAAUAGCUUCUCCCUCAACACCAGCAGAGGCAAUGCUACUACUGUGAUAUCUGAGAGGUCUGGCGGGGGUCCAGGCUGGAGCCCAGAGGAAGGGGUGUCAUCACACUGUGCCUACCAAGUGGUCGAGGGAGGCAUCGGGGGGCAGCUGUGCUUCCGAGACACGCUGCUCGGGUACAAGUGUCGCAAGGCAGACUGCAGGACAGUGGUGUCUUUGGGGAAUCUGGUGGCAAAUAUCCUUCUCAACGGCAGCGUACUGUUACAGUGGAGCCAUGAGGGAGAUGGCCGACGCCACAGGCAAGGAGGCUAUGAGUUGAGCUGCUGGUGGAAUGGAAGCUACACUCAGUUUGAGUGUGCCGGUGUCCAUCUUGGAUCCGGCUGCAGGGACUUCCUCCUGACCGAGCUUCAUGAGAACAUGCCCUACCGGCUCUGCCUGAGAUCCCUGGCCCAGUCCGAUCCAGCUCAGAGCAGCGACCAGCGGCACUGUGUGGAGUUUACCCUGCCACCGUCUGGGAUGCAGGACAUUGUCAUCGCCAUGACAACUGUGGGGGGAGCCAUUUGUGUGAUGCUGGUCAUCAUUUGCUUGCUGGUGGCAUAUAUAACAGAAAACAUCAUGAGCCCCAUGACACAGCACACAUACUCCUACCGCACUCAUUCGCGUCACUGA